AUGGAAGGAGAACCAAAUGUCUCAAAUAGUUCAAAUCUUCCAGGUGGCCUGGAGACCACUCCUGAGGUUAAAAGAGAUGCCUUUACAGAAAGGUUAGUGAAUAAUAGUAUGGAAGAUGAAGGAAAUCAUUCUUCUGAAAAUGCUCAAAAGCAGUUGGUGCUUUAUGAACCUGCUGCCACUGGUACUGGCGAAAUGGAACCUGCUUUGGGCCACAUUGAUUUUCCAAAUCGGACACCUGGGGUUUUGCGAUCUAUAGGGGCCUUUGCUGUUCAGUGCGCCAACUGUUUCAAAUGGAGGCUCAUUCCCUCACAGGAAAAGUAUGAGGAAAUAAGGGAACAUAUAAUAGAACGUCCUUUCUUGUGUGAAACGGCUCGUGAAUGGCAACCUGAGAUAUCAUGUAACGAUCAGCCUGAUAUUGCACAAGAUGGAAGUAGACUUUGGGCAAUUGACAAACCCAAUAUUGCUCGAUCCCCUCCUGGAUGGCAACGGAUUUUAAGAAUCAGAGGUGAAAGAUGCACAAAGUUUGCAGAUGUGUAUUAUCUUGCACCAUCAGGCAAGAGACUUCGAUCUAUUGUGGAAGUUCAAAGGUAA